AGCCGGGAGGAAAGGCUGUUCCAAAGAUGGCGAUUUUCAGUGUUUAUGUUGUGAAUAAAGCUGGAGGUUUAAUUUACCAGUAUGACAAUUACGUCCCGAGAACUGAAGUCGAAAAGACCUUCAGCCACCCUCUGGACCUGGUUCUGAAACAUCACGAUGAAAAAGUCGUCGUGUCAUUUGGACAACGGGACGGAAUUAAAGUGGGACACGCUGUGCUGUCCAUCAAUGGAGCUGAUGUGGUUGGAAAGAGCACAGCAGAAGGGAAGGACAUCCUUGAAUAUUUAAAAGACCCAGCUAAUUAUCCAGUUUCAAUCCGGUUCGGACGGGCUCGCCUUAGCUCCAACGAGAAGCUGAUGCUUGCAUCCAUGUUCCACUCGUUAUUUGCCAUCGGUUCACAGCUGUCUCCUGAAGUUGGCAGUUCAGGGAUCGAGAUGUUGGAAACGGACGUCUUUAAACUUCACUGCUUUCAGACCCUCACAGGAAUAAAGUUCAUCGUCCUGGCUGACCCUCGGCAGUCCGGUAUUGACGUCCUGUUGAAGAAGAUUUAUGAGAUCUACUCCGACUUCGCUCUCAAGAACCCGUUCUACUCUCUGGAAAUGCCCAUCAGGUGUGAACUGUUCGACAAUAACCUGAAGAGCGCACUGGAGGUCGCAGAGAAAGCUGGCAACUUUGGAGCUGGGUCCUAAAACUAGAGAAGUGUGUGUACACCAAAACUUACAGGAAAGAUUAAAG